CUUGUUUUUGUUUGUUUUCAGUAGCUUGAUUGCUUGAUGGAUGAUGGUGGUGGUAAUGCUUGGUUUUUUUAUUUAAUUAUACAUAUUUUGUGUAGUAUUAAUUUAACACAUUGGAACCAUUAUUUAAAAAUACGUUUAAAUUCGAAAUGGAGUCAAGUGAAGAUUUUAUGAAAAGGAAACAAAAUGUUUUAAUAUCUGACCACCAUGGUGAUUCUCUAGAGAAACCUGACAAUGUACAAAUUAAAUCAGAACCGGAAGAAUGCAUGUUUGAGAGUAAUUACGCAGAGGAUUCUUUACCAGACUCGUAUUGUUCGGACGUUAUUAAAAUAGAAGAACAACAUUUACAAUGUGAAACAGAUAGCCCAUUCCCCAUCAUUAGCAAGCAAGAAAUUAAGACAGAAAUCAAAAAAGAACUGGAUGACGAUAAUUUAGGAGUAAAUCAUGGCUGUGAAUCUCGAUUUAAAAGUACAAACACGAAAGAAUUGGACUCAGAAAAAGAUGUAAAAUUACAGAUAGGAGCUUCAACUGAGAUACAUCAUGAACAACAUUGUAGAAGUACGAAAAGAUCAAAAUUAUUGUCCAACAUUGGCAAACAAAGUUUACAUCAGAAGGAGGUUAAAACGAAAUCAGAAAGAACGUUGGUAACUCACACUGGAGGAAGGCGUUAUAAAUGCGAAAUUUGUUCUAAGCAGUUUAAGCGAGGUGGGCCUUUGAAAAAGCAUUUAAGGAAACACACUGGAGAAAAGCGUUACAAGUGUGAAAUUUGUUCUAAGCAGUUUAGUGAAGCAUGUAAUUUGAAAACACAUUUGAGAGUACACACUGGGGAAAAGCCUUAUAAAUGUGAAAUUUGUUCUAAGCAAUUUAGGCGAGAUGAUCAUUUGAAAAAGCAUUUAAGAAUACACACUGGAGAAAAGCGUUACACUGGAGAAAAUAAUUACAUGUGCGAAAUUUGCUGUAGGCAGUUUUCUCAGCAAAGUAAUUUGAAAAUGCAUUCAAUGACACACACUGGGGAAAAGCCUUACACGUGCGAAAUUUGUUCUAAGCAAUUUAGUCAAAAUACACAUUUGAAAAGUCAUCUAAGGAUACAUACUGGAGAAAAGCCUUACAAGUGUGAAAUUUGUUUGACGCAAUUUACUGAAGCAGGUCAUUUGAAAAUACAUUUGAGAGUGCACACUGGGGAAAAGCCUUAUAAAUGUGAAAUUUGUUCUAAGCAAUUUAGGCGAGAUGAGCAUUUGAAAAAGCAUUUAAGGAUACACACUGGAGAAAAGCGUUACACUGGAGAAAAGCGUUACAUGUGUGAAAUUUGUUCUAAGCAGUUUAGUGAAGCAUGUAAUUUGAAAAUACAUUUGAGAGUACACACUGGGGAAAAGCCUUAUAAAUGUGAAAUUUGUUCUAAGCAUUUUAGUCGAGAUGAGCAUUUGAAAAUGCAUUCAAUGACACACACUGGAGAGAAGCCUUACACGUGCGAAAUUUGUUCUAAGCAAUUUAGUAGAGUUGAGCAUUUGAAAAAGCAUUUAAUGACACACACUGGAGCAAAGCCUUACAAGUGUGAAUUUUGUUAUAAGCAAUUUAGUCGAAAGGAAAAUUUGAAAACGCAUUUGAGAAUACACACUGGGGAAAAGCCUUAUACAUGUGAAAUUUGUUCUAAUCAAUUUAAUCGAAAUAAGCUUUUGAAAAAGCAUUUACAAACACACACUGGAGAAAAGCCUUAAACUCGAUUCGCAUUUUACGGAGCGUUAACGUCCUGAAACGAACCGGUAACGUUACGUUAAAACUAUCGCUCAUUCGUAUUGUACGUGCAGUAACAUUCACCAUUUAGAAUAGUUAAUUACAAAAAUGCCACAAAGAAAUAGCUUCAGAACAACAUUCACCAAGGUUUGUUACGUCGUCCAAUUAAAACAAAAAUUUAAGCGAUGAGCAAAGUAAGCAAAAGAAAAUUAGCAAUACAGUAAAACCUCGAUAUAACGGACUAAUUGGGGGGACGGGAUGUCCGUUAAAGCCGAAAGUCCGUUGUAUAAAAAUAGGUUUAAAAUCGAUCAAAUUUUUUUUUAAAUUAUGUAGGUACCUAUCUACUGUAUUUAGAUACAGUCUACAAAUCUGUAAGUUAAAAAAGUAAUAAAGGAUUGUUCGCUACUUUUUUACUUUUCUAGUCAUCUAAAAACUUUCUGCAAUAUCAUUUGGUUGACAAAAUUAUUCACUGAUUCGUGGGUUGAAUAAGCAAUGUAUUUUUUAGCAAAACAUACAAUUAAAGUUGCCAUCUUCUGAAUUUAGCAUAUUUUCAGGGGGAUUAGCAGGAGCUUUGUCUAAAAUCAAUAAACAUUUCACCUCUUUAAGCGGUUUUACCAGUUUUUUCUCUUGAAAUUUUUUCACUGCAAGUACAAAUCCCUUAAAACCCAAUUUUUGAAAAUAUCUCUGGUGAACUAUGCCCAGAUGAUGCCUUAUUAUAGUUGUCAAUUCAUGCGAUCCAUCGGCGUUAGCAUAAAGCAGUGCCGAGAUCCUGUCCCUGUUGUUUUUCCUUCUAGAAUUCGAUUUUUCAUAUUUUUUGCAUUCAAACUUUUUUUACAUUUGAUCUGAUUUUUUGUCCGUUAUAUCCGAAUUCCGUUAAAUAGAGGUCCGUUCUAUUGAGGUUUUACUGUACAGUGGAUCCUCGAUUAUCCGUCUCUCCAUUAACCGUCACCUCUGUUAACCGUCAGGGUACAUACAGAAGUUGUAUUGACUACAUAAGCAAAAAUUUUAAUGUAAAAAAAUAAAAAAAAAAGUUAAUUUGAUUUGUGAUGAGGACACAAACGGCUAUCCAUUGCUGACAGAUAAAGAAAUCAUUAAAAUGGCAACAAAGGCGGACCAAACAGAUUCAUAAGCUAACACAGACUUGGAAUUUGACUGUAGCUAUGUUGAUGAACCUAUUGUAACUGACAAAGGUUUGCGUAAAUAAUCUAGAGAAGCUGCAUAGCAUAUGCAUUAAUUCAUUGAGUGGUAUUCUUAACAAGAAGAAGCUAAUAAAGUAGAUUGCAUGAUCUUAUGCUGAUUAAGAAAUUCAGCAGUCGCAAAAUGUGAAGCAACAGUACAACAAACAAAGAUUUCAGAAUAUUUUAAAUUUAUUCAAUUGUACGAGCACAAAUUUCUCUUAUAUUGUCAAACAAACCAUACAAAUGAAAUUUGAGAGUUGUACAAUGAAUUUUUAAUUUCUUUUUAAUGUUCUCUUAACCGUCUUUUCGAUUAUCCGGCAUACGCUUGGUCCGGUGCCCUGACGGAUAAUCGAGGUUCUACUGUAACUGAAUUAAUGUUGGACGAAGAGGAGCAGGCAAGCAACCACCUAAGAAAAACUUGAGGAUACAAAGAAUGUUUCUCAAUAGGGUAGGGGAGUACCAAACAUUGUUUAAAAAACUAGAUGAGGACGAAUUUUUUUUAUAAACACUUCAGAAUGUUUUGGAAUCAGUUUUAUGUACUAUUAUCUAAAAUAGAACAAUUACUUAGUGCAAACUUCAAAUUGAAGAGACGAUCUCACCAAAAAUUUAAUUGAUUGACGGCCGGUGUUGUACUUUCCGCAUUCACAUACUAAAAAUAUGCAAGAAUGGACAGGCAACGAAACAGAACGUCACGUCAAACUUUUGUUUCAGAGAAACGUUAAUGUUCUGAGAGCGGGACGUUCCGUGACGGUGACGACCCAAACAGCACGACGGGACGUACCCGGAACGAACCACCGGGACAUUUAUAUGUCUUGAAGAUGUACGUUUCAGAUCCUGGGAUAUCCUUGGAGCGUACCGAAGACGUCCGAUGUUACAAAACCAUCCGUACCCAGGAUAUCCGACCAAACUGUCCUUGAGACGUCCGACUAAAACCUCAUUGAGACGGCUGACCAAAAUCUCCUUGGAACGUCCGACCAAAACCUCCGUCCAAAAUCUCCUUUGAAUUACUUUAAUUACUAUUAAAGAAUGUUGAAAAGGUCUAAAAUGGAAAAAUGCAUAUAUA